AUGUCACAAACGGAGAGAACUUUUAUCGCAAUUAAGCCAGAUGGUGUUCAAAGAGGUCUUGUCUCAAAUAUUAUUGGUAGAUUCGAGAAGAGAGGCUACAAAUUGGUUGCCAUUAAGUUGGUUCAAGCCACUGAGGCAUUGUUGAACGAACAUUACGCUGAACACGUUGGCAAGCCAUUCUUCCCAAAGAUGUGCAACUUCAUGAUGUCUGGUCCUAUUGUAGCCAUGGUCUGGGAGGGUAAAGACGUAGUUAAACAAGGUAGAAAGAUGUUGGGUGCCACAAACCCCCAAGAUAGUGAUAUGGGUACCAUUAGAGGUGAUUUUGGUAUUGAUCUAGGUAGAAACGUUUGUCAUGGUAGUGAUUCUGUUGCCAGUGCAGAACGUGAGAUUAAGAUUUGGUUCAAUGAAAAUGAAAUUGUUAAUUGGAGUGCUAACCAAUCUAUAUGGAUCUACGAAUAG